CCGCGCGACCGCCCGCCGGCGCACGCGGAGGAGGUGGCGGCGGCCGCAGAAGGAGGAGGGCAGCGCGGAGCGGGAGGUGAGGCGGAGGUGGAGGAGCAGGAGCGGGAGCGGGAGCAGGAGCAAGAGCGAGGCGGAGCAGGCGGCGGCGGUGGAGGAGAAGAGCGGCCAGGAGGAGGAGGAGGAUGGAGGAGCAGCCGAAGGAGGGCGAGGCCGAGGUCGCGGAGCACUGGUUCUCCAAGUGGGAACGCCAGUGCUUGGCCGAGGCCGAGCAGGAGGAGCAGCUGCCCCCGGAGGUGGAGGACGAGGCGGCCGCCGAGGCAGCGGGGCUCAAGAGCGAGCAGCAGAGGCUGUGGCACCUCUUCCAGAUCUCUGCCACCGCCGUGGCCCAGCUCUACAAGGAUCCCGGCUGCCAACAGCCAGGACUGUCCGUGUGGGACCCCUUCCAGAACGCGGCCAUGGCCGUGACCAGUCUCUACAAAGAGAGCGGGGACGCCCACCAACGAAGUUUUGACCUGGGCGUCCAGGUUGGCUACCAGCGUCGCAUCAAAGACGUGCUGGAGUGGGUGAAGAAGGGCCGGAGCAUCAUCCUCCGCGAAGACCUCAUUAGCUUCCUGUGCGGCAAAGUGCCCCCCGCCCCGCCCCCGCCGCGCACCCCCAGGACGCUCCCGAAGCCGCCCGCCUCGGCCGCCAGCCCGGCCGCCGCCACCGAAGCCAGCUCGGCCGUCGAGGUCGACCUGCAGCCUUUCCACGAGGCCAUCGCCCUGCAUGGCCUCAGCGGUGCCAUGGCCAGCAUCAGCGUGCGAGCCGGCGCACCCGGGUCCCCGCCCCAGGCCAGCGGUGUCGCCGGCAGCGUGGCCGGCGGCGGGCGCUGGAAAAGCAGCCUCCUCGAGGACGACUCGAACCCCUUCAACGCCGAAGAACUGGCCCUCCGCCUGGACAGCGGGGGGACCCGCAAGCGCCCCUCGGCCCAGUGCAGUGACAGUGUCACAGGCUCCCCAACCCACAAGCGCAACCGACUGUUCUGAACGGCAUCGUUGGCCACCAGCCACCAUCUUACUUGAGCAUUAACUCGACCGUCAACGUGCUCGGCGAAAGGACACUCGCGACCGUCUCUCUUCUCCAAGUUCAACAGAGAUUUCUGCCAAGUUCGCCGUAAAGAAA